UAUGAGCCUCGUAGGCCGCCGUAGUUCCUUAUCGUGGUGAGAAUGGCUGUCUGGACGUGGCUCCGGUGCCUUUUUGGGCCCAAUCUGCAGCGGAUCCACCGUUCACCGGACCAGAACCGAGCCGACGGCAGAGCGGGGCGAAGGGGUUGGAAUUAUCAGCCCAGAGGUUUGGAGAAGCACACUGACAGCAUCCUUGGUUGGGCCUCUAUGCUGUGGUCUCUGUCUUACUACAGUUCCCCACUGCUCCUCUGCUAUCUCUACAGGAAAGGGUACAUCUGCACCAGUAAGCUGAUUCCUCUCAGUCAGUAUGUUGGCACAGCGCUGAUUUGUCUGCUGGGAAUGGCCUGUUUGAGAGGAUGGGGGCGCUGGAGAAACCCAGAGUACCUUCAGUUCAUCACCAUACUGGAGGAGACCAGGAAGAAUCACACACAUAGCAACAAGAAGAAACUGGCAUGCUUUGACUUUGACUUCAAACACUGGCCUGCAGAUUUCAGCUGGAAAGAAAUUAGUAGUCCCAAGCUGUCUAAAGCUGGUGUGUCCCUGCUUAAGCCAGAACCGAAACACAGAGGAGCAGCAGACAGUGUACUGAGUUCAGUUCGCACACUGCCAUGUCACAUCUUAAGUUAUCUAAUAGUUCACUCGUUCGGCCGGAGAAUGCUCUACCCGGGCUCGGUCGGUCUGCUGCAGAAGGCCAUGAGACCCAUGUUACAGCAAGGCCAAGCCAGACUUGUAGAAGAGUAUGAAGGUCAGCGGAACAAACUGGUGGCUUGUGAUGGGAAUGAGAUUGACACCAUGUUUGUUGACCGGAGGAGAGUGGGAGGAACAACUGGCAAAACUUUGGUGAUCUGCUGUGAGGGAAAUGCAGGAUUCUAUGAAGUCGGCUGCAUGAAUACACCACUGGAAGGUGGAUACUCAGUGUUGGGCUGGAAUCACCCAGGGUUUGGCGGCAGUACAGGAGUUCCAUUUCCUCAAAACGAGGCCAAUGCAAUGGACAUUGUCAUUCAGUUUGCAGUGCACAAACUGGGUUUCCAGUUGAGUGACAUUAUCGUGUAUGCCUGGUCAAUAGGGGGCUUUACAGCCAGUUGGGCCGUGAUGUCAUACCCAGAGAUCCAAGCUCUGGUUCUAGAUGCCUCAUUUGAUGACCUUUUACCCCUUGCUCUGAAGGUCAUGCCAGACAGCUGGAGACCCUUGGUGACCCACACAAUUAGGCAGUACAUGAACCUGAACAAUGCAGAACAGCUUUGCAAGUACCAGGGACCAGUGUUAUUGAUAAGAAGAACCAAAGAUGAAAUCAUCACAACCAUGGGUCCAGAAGACAUCAUGUCCAACAGAGGGAAUGACUUAUUACUCAAACUACUCCAGUACAGGUAUCCUAAGGUAAUGACAGAUGAUGCUAUCAGGGCAGUCAGGCAGUGGCUUGCAGCAGGGACACAAAUAGAAGAAGAAUCUGUUAACACUGGUUAUGAGGCAGAUGAUGAUUGGUGCUUGUCUGUGCUGCAGUCCUAUCAGACCGACAGAGAGACACUGUUCCCCUGGAGUGUUGGUGAGGACAUGGCACCCGAAGGUAGAAGGCAGCUUGCUCUAUUCUUGGCACGAAAGUACAUGCGAAACUUUGAGACGACACACUGCACUCCACUCCCCAUUUCUGAGUUCCGAUCUCCUUGGAGACUGUAGAAAGCACUGGAGGACAGAGGUCAAAGGGAAUCACACGCCGGUACAUUUAAGUCAGAGUUCUGCAGGGAGGUGUUUACAGAGUUAGCCGUUUGUCUAAAUGUGAUGGGAAUACUUGUUUGUACGAAUAGUUUGAUAAAAAGAUUCUUUUUAAAUUAUUGGCAAUGCUUUGCCUCCAUUGCAUUGGCUGCCUAUUUAAAGGUUGAUGAAAAUAAGGGGUUGGAAAUUUGAUGAUGCUCAGGUUUGUCACUUUUGUGACGUCUGUUUGAUUUCUUUGAGAGAAUCUUCAAGGAUGGGACUCAAAAAAAGAUUUCUUGCCCCUUUCUCUAUCCAUUUGUACCCUAUUUUGUGAGCACUGUAAUUAUAAAUGAAAAUUGUAUCGUAAAAUGUCCUGAAUGUUAAAUUACAUAUGAAUAUUAAAUAAAACUGGGGGAUGCUCUUUUUGUUAUUGGGGUUCCUCAAAGUCUUCAAA